GAUGGGGCACUAUUCCUCCCCCCCACUGACACCAAUGAUGGGGCACUAUUCCUCCCCCCCCCACUGACACCAACUGAUGGAGUACUAUUCCUCCCACUGACACUAAUGAUGGAACACUAUUCCUCACACAGUGACAAUAAUGAUGGGGCACAAUCUUGUCUUAUGAUUUGGAAUUGCAUUUGGUUGUCUAGCAUUAGACCAACCACUGGCAAUGGAGCAAACUCAAGAUUCUGGCAGUAACAUAGGACCAUCAAACUUCCUCCA